AUGAAGGCUCAAUCCUUACUAGAUAAUACGGAAGUAGAAGUUAAUUUAACUAAAAUUCAAAAAAGUUUAGCACUAAAAGCUGAAGAAGCCAAACUCUUAGCCACUCUUAAUCUUCUUAAAGAAACUAAAAACUUGAUCCUAAUUGUUCCUGAGCCAAGAAAUAUAGUAAAGAACAAUUACAGGAAUGAGGUUGAGAUACUCGCUUGUGAAGAAACCCAAGUUUCUGAAACUACUCAGCAAGUUUUAGAAGAAGUUAAUAAAGUUCAAACUGAAAUCUUACAAAAAUUACAAGUUAUUCAGGAAGAAAUUGCCCAAAACAUCCAAGAAGUAGAAUCAGCCCCACCCCUAACUACUCUUCCUAAACCUUCGGCUACUAUUACCUUAGAGGUUAUCAAAGCCGAAAGUAAAGUCAAAAUCAAGAAAAAAGCCUUAGACAGACAAAAGCAAGCCGAAAAAGAAGCCAAAAACCGAGUUAAAACUAAUCCUACUAAACAAAAUCAAAAGCAAGUAGAAGAAGAAACUAAAGAAACUCAAAAAAUUGAAAAAGAAUUACAGCAAGCCCAAGAAGAAUUAUUAAGUUUAGAAAAUAAGCAAGAUUUUGAAGAAGCCUUGGAAAAACUGGAAAAAGAACUCCAAGAAACUCUCCAAGAAAAACAACCAAAAGAAUUAGAAAAAAAUAAUCUAAAUGAAAAUACUCUUGAAAAAAAAUUAGAAGAAUUAGUCCAAAAACUCCAAGAAAAAGAAGUAGCUGAAGCUGCUAGUCAAAAAACCAUGAGUCGCUUCAUGCAAGAAGAAGCCCAAAGAGAAGCUUUUUUAUUAGAACAACAACAACAAUUAUUAAAAGAGGCUAAUUUCAGUGAAACCGAACAAGCCCGAAUAACGGAAAAUCUAAACCAACUAACUACUGAAAAUACCGCUCAAAUUUUCGGAUACACUAAUCCUUUUACUAAUCAUAUUUCUACUUCCCAAAAAGCUGAGCAUUUUAGUGAAUUAGUUCAGCAGCAAGAAUUAAAGAAGGCGGAAAACUUAAUUAAAGAUAGUGGAAAAGGAAGUAAUGCCAAGAAAUCUUUGUUAAGUAGAUUAGAAAAAUUAGCGGUUCCUUCGAGUGAAGAACAAACUUUAUUAUCUCAUUUACAAUUAACCUUAGAGCAAUAUAUUGCGAUUUCUUUAAAAACUCCUUACUUAACCCGAGAAGAAAAGGAUUGGCUAACUAAUAACUAUCUAAGUUUAACUCAACUAGGCAAAUUACAGUUAAUUAACUCAGGAUUAAAUGUUUUAGAGAUAAAUACUUAUGAAAAAAAGGAGAAACUAUUGAAAUUAACCGAGGAACAGCAAGCACAAUUAGAAGUUAUUCACCCUGACCAAUUUAAAACUUUUUCUCUUACUGGACCACAGAAAAAUAUCCUAAACAGUUUAAGUCCUCUUAUUAGAGAAGAUAAGUAUUCAGAGGAAGCACUCCAACUAUUAAAAUCUCUUCACCUAAAACCUGCUACUCAAACUUUCUUAGUCCAAGAAGAAAUUAUUCCGGAUCAACAUACUGCUUUUGGAACUCCUAAAAGUAGUUAUUUACCUUUAAAAGAAAAAUUCUUAAAAGGAGAACAAAAGACUUUAAGGAAAAAGAAAGAAAUAGCAGAAAAAAAACUUAAUAAGGAAGAAAUCAAGCAGAAUAAAUUAUCUGAUAUACUCUUAACUCUUGGUUUUAAAACUAUUCCUAAAUACAAUUAUUUUGAACUCUUAAUCUUUGCUAUUCAAAACUUUGAAACUGAACCAAUUAAGGAUAAUCAAGAAGAGCAAGAACAAUUAAAUUCUCAACAAAUAGAAGAAAUAAUUACUCAAAUCCUGAUCAUCCUAGAUACUUGGAGAAAUAAUUGUUCUGGUAAAGAAAAAGAGGCUGUAAAAAAAGCUAUUAAACAACUAUCUAAUGAAAAUUUACCAAAAGAACAACAAUUUAAUCGGAUAAAUUUAUUGUUAAAUAGUUAUCCUUCUGAUAAUAAUAAACUAAAUAAUUUACCUUCUCAUCAAAGAGAAAUAACCCAAAAUCUAGACUUAGAAGACCUUGCUGAAAAAGUCAGAACUCCCGCAAUAGAUGCGUCUACUUCUACCUCUAAUAAAUAUGAUGAAUUACUUGCUGGUUUAGAAGGAGAAGAAAAAGAAAGAGAACGCAAAAGAUUAGAAAGAGAAGAAUCUCGUCGUAAGUUAGAAGAAUCUGAAAGAUCAAGAAGAGAACAAAAACUUUCCGAGAAAGACCGUAAACUUAAAGAACAGGAAGAAAAGCGACAAAAAGAGAAAGAGUUAGCCGAACAAGAAGAAAAAUUAAGAGAAGAAGCGAAAACAGCAAGAGAAAAAGCCUUAAAAGAAGAACAAGAAAAUUUCUUAAAAACUCAGCAAAAGCAACUAGAAGAUAAGAUUAAAAAAUCCGAAGAAAACUUUACUAACCAAAGAAAAGAAGCGGAAUUAUCCGAACUAAAGAAAAAAGCCGACUUAGAAGAAUUAGAGCGACAGAAUAAAUUUAACCAAGAACAGUUAGAAAAAAAUAUUAAACUUUUAGAAGAAGAAACUCAAAGAAAGUUAGAAGAAAUUGCUUAUGAUGACUUAAAAACUAGAGCUGAAAUUGAAAAAAAACGAAAAGAGGAUGAAGUUACUCUAAGGAAAAAAGUAGCCGAAGAAGAGCAAGACUUACUAAAUCAACAAAGAAAAGCCGAAGAUGAAUUUAACAAACUUAAAGAAAAUAACCGAUUAACCCUCCAAAGAGCUCAACAAGAUUUAGAAACAAAAAAGAAGAAAGAUGAAGAAGAGUUGGAAAAGUUAAAGAAAUUAGGAGCUCAAGAAUCCCAAGAGGCUCAGCAAGAAAUAAAAAGGUUAAAAGAAAAGCAAGCAGAAGAAGCAAGAAUAGCCGAGCAAAAAAUAAAAGAACAGGCAGAAAUAGGAAAAAUAACAGCCCAAGAAAGAGACAAAUUUUCUAAACUAAAUCGAAUUUGA